AUUAUUGGGAGGGGAUUGGAACACCUGAAUCACAUGAUAUGGAGGGGAUUGGAACACUUGAAUCACAUGAUAUGGAGGGGAUUGGAACACCUGAAUCACAUGAUUGGGAGGGGAUUGGAACACCUGAAUCACAUGAUAUGGAGGGGAUUGGAACACCUGAAUCACAUGAUAAGGAGGGGAUUGGAACACCUGAAUCACAUGAUAUGGAGGGGAUUGGAACACCUGAAUCACAUGAUAUGGAGGGGAUUGGAACACCUGAAUCACAUGAUUGGGAGGGGAUUGGAACACCUGAAUCACAUGAUUGGGAGGGGAUUGGAACACCUGAAUCACAUGAUAUGGAGGGGAUUGGAACACCUGAAUCACAUGAUAUGGAGGGGAUUGGAACACCUGAAUCCCAUGAUAUGGAGGGGAUUGGAACACCUGAAUCCAAUGAUUUGGAGGGUGGGGCCAAUA